UGUAUGGUCACAUGAUUUUUAACAACAAGAAAGAAGCAGUUUGUACUGAAUAACAUACAGCGUUUUUAUAACGUUUAUAAUCAGUGUUUGAUGUUAAGUUUAUUUUUAUGCAGUAAUACAUGUUGAUAAAUCAUUUGGUUCGUAUUAAAUGUUCGAAACCUGACUAGAUACUUUUCGCUGCAGAAGCCACAACAUGAGCGCGUUAAGAAAAAGAGGAAGCAUUUUUGUUGUCUUUUAUUAUGUCUGGAGUUUUCACGUCCUUUUCGGAUACAAUGUAUCCAGAGAAGAGCAGCAACUCAGCCUGAACAGGGAAUGGACCAUACAGAACUCAAAUGGGUCCCUGUCGCUUCCUGCAGAGGUACCGGGGUGUGUACACUCAGCUCUCCUGAAACAGGGCUUUAUCAAGGAUCUCUACUUCAGGUUCAAUGACGUAGCAUAUAGGUGGAUCGCUCUUGACAACUGGACAUACACCACUACAUUUUCUGCCUCAACUGAGCUAAGGGCUAAACAGAGAGUCCAGCUGGUGUUUGAAGGGGUGGACACUGUAGCGUCCAUCUCUCUGAAUGGAGUUGUUGUGGGAAAGACGGACAACAUGUUCCGCAGAUAUGACUUCAGCGUAGGCCAGUUGUUGAGAGAAGGGAAGAACGUUGUGAAGGUGAGCCUCCUUUCCCCUGUAGUGUACGCCUCAGAAAGGAGUCAGGCCCACUCCUCCUACAGGGUGCCCCCGGACUGUCCUCCGCCCGUCCAGAAGGGCGAAUGUCACGUCAACUUUAUCAGAAAGGCUCAGAGUUCCUUCAGUUGGGACUGGGGACCGUCAUUCCCAACCCUGGGGCUGUGGAAGGGUGUUCACCUGGAGGCCUUUGAUGUGCUGCGACUGAUCCAUCUCUCUACCGUACCAGUCUAUGACUCCUCUCUGUCUCAGUGGGUGGUGAGGGUGGAAGUGUUGGUUGAUGCUGUGGAGGAGACUAAAGCCCAGGUCAACCUCUCUCUGAUGGAGCUGUCUACAGAACACACCUUCACAGUGGUGUUUCUCUCUGGGCAGAGCAGGAACACCUUCAGCCUCCAUGUGAACACAAGUAACCAGGUGAAGCUGUGGUGGCCCAGUGGCCAUGGUGAGCAGCCCUCCUAUCGUCUCAGUGUAAGAGGAACCAUGCUGGAGGGAACAGCCAUACUCAGGACAGACACACAGGUGUAUUUCCGUACAGUGGAGCUGGUCCAGGAGCCAAUCGCUGGUUCCCCUGGGCUGAGUUUCUACUUCCGGGUCAACAAGAAGCCCAUCUUCCUGAAGGGGUCAAACUGGAUCCCAGCUCACGCCCUUCAGGACCUGGUCAGCCCUGCUGAUGUGAGGAACCUUCUACAGUCGACUGUAGACGCUAAUAUGAACGCUCUCAGGGUCUGGGGGGGUGGAGUCUAUGAGCAGGACCUGUUCUACACUCUCUGUGAUGAGAUGGGCGUCAUGAUCUGGCAGGACUUCAUGUUUGCCUGUGCCAUGUACCCCACUGAGCCUGACUUCAUAGAGACGGUUAGAGAGGAGGUUGUCCAACAGGUGAGGCGCUUAAAGUCCCACCCCUCGGUCAUCGUGUGGAGUGGGAACAACGAGAAUGAGGCUGCCCUGGCCACUGAUUGGUUCGGCAUCCCUGUUGCCCAGCAACCCCGGUACCAUAGAGACUAUGUGACUCUGUAUGUGGACAACAUCAGGGCUAUUGUUCAGAAGGAGGACGGUAGUCGCCCGUUCCUGGUCUCCAGUCCCACAAACGGAGCAGAGUCUCAGCGGGAGGGUUGGGUGGCCCACGACCCCUACGACCUACACUUUGGAGACACACACUACUACAGCUACAGCCGUGACUGCUGGGACUGGACAGCCAUGCCACGCACCCGCUUCGCCUCAGAGUACGGCUUCCAGUCCUGGCCCUCCUUCUCCACCUUGCAGAAGGUGUCUGUGUCAGAAGACUGGAGCUAUGGGAGUCACUUCUCUUCUCACCGUCAGCACCACCAAACUGGCAACCAGCAGAUGCUCCAGCAGGCUGGGCUACACUACCAGCUCCCAGCCUCGGCAGAUCCACUGAAGAGAUACAGAGACACGCUAUACAUCACACAGGUCAUGCAGGCCCAGUGUGUUAAGGCCCAGACAGAGUUCUACCGCCGCAGCCAGAGUGAGGUCAUCGAGGGCAAAGGUCACACCAUGGGAGCUCUCUAUUGGCAACUCAAUGAUAUCUGGCAGGGCCCUUCCUGGUCCUCUAUAGAGUUUGGUGGGAAGUGGAAGAUGCUGCAUUACUUUGCCCAGGACUUCUUCUCCCCUGUGCUGCCGGUGGGCUUCGAGGACCAGGGUAGUCUGGUGGUCUAUGCUGUGUCUGACCUGAGCCACGACCUUCACCUCAGGACUGUGGUUUCGGUGUAUGAGUGGAGCAGUCUGGAUCCUGUGUGCACUGUGGCUUCCGGACAGGUGCUGGUGGAAGGAGGAAGUGCUGAGGUCAUCCACAAACAGCCAAUCACAGCCCUGCUGGCGGGGUGUGGGGGUGGGAGCUGUACCCGCCUCACCUGUCUCCUGACCUUUCACCUUGAGGAUGUCAACGGCCAGCAAGGUCCCAUCAACCACCUCUUCCUCAGCUCACCCAAAAAGGCCCAGGGGAUGCUGAGACCCAACAUCACUGCCAAGGUGCAGCAGGACGAGGUGGGAGAAUACACCGUGACCCUGCAGUCCUCCGCCGUAGCAGCCUUCGUAUGGCUGGAUGUGGGGGACGUCCCAGGACGAUUCGGCACCAACGGGUUCCUCAUGGUCACCAGGAACAGAACAGUGACCUUUAACCCCUGGGGUCUGACUAGUACCCAGCAGCUAGCCAAGGCUCUGACUGUUACGUCAUUGAGAGAUGUGUACUGACAUGGCAUCCUAUACCCAACGUAGUGCACUACUUUUGACCAGAUCCCUAUGGGUUGUGUACUAUAUAGGGAAUAGGGUGCAGUUUGGGACGUACUUACUGAACCACUACCCAGUACCCAGGAGUUAACCCAGACCCUCUCUAUAACCUCUCAGAGAUGAGUACUGAGACCCUCUCGCUAACCUCUCUCAGAAAUGAGUACUGAGACCCUCUCCCUAACCUCUGAGAUGAGUACUGAGACCCUCUCCCUAACCUCUGAGAUGAGUACUGAGACCCUCUCCCUAACCUCUGAGAUGAGUACUGAGACCCUCUCCCUAACCUCUGAGAUGAGUACUAAGACCCUCUCUAUAACCUCUCAGAGAUGAGUACUAAGACCCUCUCCCUAACCUCUGAGAUGAGUACUGAGAAUAAGAAUCAUGCAAAUCAUUUGUUGUUGUGACAGCCAAAUAUGUUAAUGACACGUGAGGCUGCUGAAAACCUUUAUUGAAAUGACAAAAAAGUGUCAGUAGUUUGCUGAAGAUGGCGCCAAAAGUUAGGCUAAUUACAUGGGUGUAACGGGAGUACCCUACGUCUGUACCCUGCUCGGUGGUGUGGUCACGUUAAGCCACGCCUUGCCUGGAACUCAAUCAAUUAAGAAAAUCUAAUUUUCUGGUGCUCCUAAAUUUCAUGUGGUGCGCCUAAUUUUUUUAAGUAGGGAAAACCAGUGCUACCAAUGUUUUUUUUUGUUUUUUUUUGCCCUGACUGAAACCCUCUCCCUAACCUCCCUCAGAGAUGAGUACUGAGACACGAGAAACCCCAACACUCUCAGACGGUGGAUGGACAAUGUUGUGUGUGAGAUUUGUUGUAAAUAAGAUAUAAUUGAAGGAAUUUGCAAUAAUAAAGUAAAUGGAGAUAUA